AUGGGCACAAGCAUGGUUGGCCACAUUUUGAAACACGGCUACGACGUGACGAUAUUUAAUCGCACGCUUUCAAAGUGCGACGGACUUAAGAAACAGGGAGCAUCUGUAGCAGAUUCUCCUGCCGAGGUAGCUAAGGUUUCAGAUAUCGUCUUUGGUAUUGUGGGCUACCCAAAGGAUGUGCGCAAGGUAUUUCUUGAUCCUGACUGGGGUGUGCUGGCGUCUUUGAAGUCGGGCGGCGUGAUCGUUGACAUGACGACAAGCGAGCCGUCGUUGGCGAAAGAGAUCUAUGACGCUGCGAAGCUCAAAGGAAUUUCGAGUCUUGACGCUCCCGUUUCAGGCGGAGACGUUGGUGCUAAAGAGGCUACGCUUUCCAUCAUGGUGGGCGGUGAUCAUGAUACGAUGGAAGCCACAAUGCCGUUGUUCGAGAUUAUGGGUAAAAACAUCCGUCACAUGGGUGGCGCGGGUGCUGGCCAGCAUACAAAAAUGAGUGGGCUGGAUAUCGCGGAAGCAAUUCGAGCUGUGAGCGCUGGUGCUGCCGGUUCUUGGUCAAUAAGCAACCUUGGACCUCGUAUUGCCAAUCGAAACUUUGACCCCGGCUUUUUUGUGGAGCACUUCGUAAAAGACAUGGGAAUAGCGCUCAAAGAGGCCGAGCGCAUGAAUCUGUCGCUUCCUGGUCUCGCCUUAGCCAACCAGUUAUAUGUUGCAGUCAAGGCUCAAGGUCACGGUCGCUUAGGAACGCAGUCUCUCAUGCUCGCGCUGGAGCAACUAAACGGCAUUAAUUUUUGUUAA